GUGCCCAACCGCCCGGCGCCCUGGCCAGGGGCUGUGCGAGCGCCGAAGCUGCGGCUGGACCAAGAUGCCCGGUGAACAGCAGACAGAGGAGGAGGAAGAGGAAGAGAUGCAAGAGGAGAUGGUGCUGCUGGUGAAGGGUGAGGAAGAUGAGGGUGAGGAGAAGUAUGAGGUGGUGAAACUCAAGAUCCCCAUGGACAACAAGGAGGUCCCGAGCGAGGCGCCAGCGCCGUCGGCCGACCCGGCGCGCCCACACGCGUGCCCGGACUGCGGCCGCGCGUUCGCGCGCCGCUCCACGCUGGCCAAGCACGCACGCACGCACACGGGCGAGCGGCCCUUCGCGUGCACCGAGUGCGGCCGGCGCUUCUCGCAGAAGUCGUCGGCGCUGACCAAACACGGCCGCACGCACACGGGCGAGCGGCCCUACGAGUGCCCCGAGUGCGACAAGCGCUUCUCGGCCGCCUCGAACCUGCGGCAGCACCGGCGGCGCCACACGGGCGAGAAGCCGUACGCAUGCGCUCACUGCGGCCGCCGCUUCGCGCAGAGCUCCAACUACGCCCAGCACCUGCGCCACCUGCGCGUGCACACGGGCGAGAAGCCGUACGCGUGCCCGGACUGCGGACGCGCCUUCGGCGGCAGCUCGUGCCUGGCGCGCCACCGACGCACGCACACGGGCGAGAGGCCGUACGCAUGCGCCGACUGCGGCACGCGUUUCGCGCAGAGCUCGGCGCUGGCCAAGCACCGGCGCGUACACACGGGCGAGAAGCCGCACCGCUGCGCCGUGUGCGGCCGCCGCUUCGGCCACCGCUCCAACCUGGCGGAGCAUGCGCGCACGCACACGGGCGAGCGGCCCUACCCGUGCGCGGAGUGCGGCCGGCGCUUCCGUCUCAGUUCGCACUUCAUCCGCCACCGUCGCGCGCACAUGAGGCGCCGGCUCUAUAUCUGCGCCGGCUGCGGCCGGGACUUCAAGCUACCGCCUGGCGCCACGGCCGCCACUGCCACCGAGCGCUGCCCAGAGUGCGAGGGCAGCUGAGCCACCGUUCUUGUCGCCGCGGGGUUGCGAGCGUCCGGCUUGUGGGAGGAGUGGGGGCGGACACGCUGGGACCCUAGACCUGGGGCCGCAUUAACCAGGACCUCCCUGGCUCACCACCAGGGGCUGGGAAAGGGUGGGAUGGCAGGCCUGGCUGCCUUGGAACUGGGAGGCAGGGAGAAUCCCCUUACUGGGAACCCUGGAAACAGUGCCCACUCCCCGCUCACUACAACCCCUUGACCCGUGUUAGUGAAUAAAGUAUUAUAUCCUCGCC